CACCACGUUUUACAGCAAAGCAUUCUGGGACGAAGAAGGUGUCGUUGUAGUCUUGUGAGAAGUCCUUGGACGUGAGAUGAAUAUUUUUGGCUUACAAUUUCUCCACUAGCUUUUUGCAAGCCUUCUACUGGCAAUACAGUAAACAAACGAGAGCGAUUCGUGUAUGCGCACUGAGUAGAUAUGGGAGCCGAUAAAAGGAUUAGUCGAACAGAGCGCAGCGGCAGGUAUGGUUCUGAGCAGCCCCGUGAUGAAUCAGAAUGGCGUGAGAGACGAGAGAGGGACCAAGACCGAGAUCAUAAUAUGCGCCGCUGGGGCGAAGAGAGACGUAGUGAUCGCUUUGAAGGGGACCGACGAGGAUCAAGAGACAGUCCAGAGCAAAGAGAAAGAAAACGUCGUAACAGUGAUAGAUCUGAAGAUGGUUAUCACUCAGACGGCGACUACCCAGAACAGGACUACAGAAGGGAGCCUGGGGAAGAGAAGAAAAGCAAGACCAUAAUGCUCUGGGGUCUGUCUCCUCAUGUCACUGAGGAUGAUAUUUGUUUUGCCAUUGAUCAACUGGAGGGGCCUCAGCCAGUGGAUGUCAGGCUGAUGAAAAAGAAAACAGGUAUAAGCCGUGGUUUCGCCUUCGUGGACUUUUAUCACUUGCAAGAUGCUACCCGAUGGAUGGAGACCAAUCAGAAACGCCUGACCAUCCAAGGCAAAACAGUGGACAUGCACUACAGUCACCCCAGAAACAAGUAUGAAGACUGGCUCUGCAACACUUGUGGCCUGUACAAUUUCCGGAGGAGGCUGAAGUGCUUCAGGUGUGGAGCAGCCAAAGCUGAAAGUGAAAACAGCAAUAAUCCUGGAGCUUCUGAAACUCAACCCACCGCAGAUUUCUAUGGCGACACAAUCAUCCUGAGAAAUAUUGCCCCUUUGACCACUGUGGAAGCCAUCAUGACGGCUCUGGCACCAUACGCUAAUCUAUCAUCAAACAACAUCCGCCUCAUCAAGGACAAGCAGACAGGCCAGAACAGAGGCUUUGCCUUCGUGCAGCUCUCCUCUCCUCUGGAGGCCUCCCAGCUGUUAACCAUCUUACAGGGCCUUCAGCCACCUCUUAAACUGGAUGGAAAAACAAUUGGGGUGGAUUAUGCUAAGAGUGCAAGGAAGGACCUUAUCCUACCUGACGGCAAUCGUGUCAGUGCCUUCUCUGUUGCCAGCACAGCCAUCGCUGCUGCCCAGUGGUCCUCCAGUCAGCCCCAGCAGAGCUCAGAGGGAAUGUCGGAGUACAGUUACUUGCAAGAGGGCUACACUCCAAUGUCUCAGGACUUUCAGAAUUACUACCAGCAAGGAGCUACAGCCAGCACCUCUCAGGGAAAUGGGAUUCUAGGAGCUGCCCCAGGUGUAAAGAUUCUUCCAACUGCAGCUGGAGUUGUCAUCUCACAGAGUGCACAAGUCUACCAACCACAUAUAAUUGUGCAGCCUGCAGUUCAGGGUUUGCCACUUGCCCAGCAGUUGGAGGCGAAACCCCACACAGGACAUCUGUCAGGCAUCGAAGCUGUGUCAAUGCCCGUUGCUACUGUAGCUGCUGCCACGGUUACCACUGCUGGCACACUGGCAGACUCACAACAGACAGCUGACACCAGCACUGCUCCUGAUACAUCCACCUAUCACUACGAUGAGUCCUCUGGCUACUAUUAUGAUCCUCAAACUGGCCUCUACUACGACCCAAACACUCAAUAUUACUACAACUCCCAGACCCAGCAGUAUCUGUACUGGGAUAAUGAGAAGCAGACAUAUGUGCCCGCUGCUACGGACACACCUGCUGGACAAGGUGAUAACACCAGCAGCAAUGCAAGCAGCAAAGAAGGCAAAGAGAAGAAGGAAAAGCCCAAAAGCAAGACUGCUCAGCAGAUUGCUAAAGACAUGGAGCGAUGGGCUAAAACUCUCAACAAGCAGAAAGAGAACUUCAAGAGCAGCUUUCAGCCUAUUAGUCAAGAAGAGAGGAAAGAGGCAGCAGCUGCUGAUGCUGGCUUCAUACUGUUUGAGAAGAAGGCAGGAGGCCUUGAGAGACUCAUACCAGAUGUGCUGAGGGGCCCUGAGGAGGAGCCAACAACCAGCUCAGCUAACUCUUCCAAGCUUGGCCUUGUGGCAGCCUACAGUGGAGACAGUGACCCUGAGGAGGGUGGAGCAGAGCCUGAUGGAGGUGAUGCAGUCCAGAACAAGCUGACGGACUGGACAAAGUUGGCCUGCCUGCUGUGUAGAAGACAGUUUCCCAACAAAGAGAGUCUUCUUCGACAUCAGCAACUCUCUGACCUCCACAAGUUCAUGUUUUUUUUUCUAGAAAACCUGGAGGUUCUCCGCAGAUCCAAAAUGAGCGAAGCAGAGCUGGAAGAGUUGGAGAGAAAAGAGACUGAGUUGAAAUAUAGAGACAGGGCAGCAGAGAGGAGAGAAAAGUAUGGCAUCCCUGAACCUCCUGCACCCAAAAAGAAGAAAUUCAGCCAACAACCUACACCAGCCGUAAACUAUGAACAGCCAACCAAAGACGGUCUUAACAGUGACAAUAUCGGAAACAAAAUGCUGCAGGCCAUGGGAUGGAAGGAGGGUAAAGGUCUUGGGCGUAACCAACAGGGCAUCACUACCCCAAUUGAGGCCCAUUUGAGAACAAAAGGAGCUGGACUUGGCACAAAAGGCACCAACUACACCCUCUCUGCGUCAGACACGUACAAAGACGCAGUUCGUAAAGCCAUGUUCGCCCGUUUCACUGAAUUGGAAUGAGUCUACUCUGAAGCUCAAAUGAUUUUUUAAUUCGGCCUGCAGAUGAUUUGCUUUUUUUGAGGUGUGGGUAUUCUACAUCUGCAUCUACCAUGGCAAAUGAACUGGCUUGGAAGCAAUAGAAAGGUUAUCCUGUAAUGAUUUCUCUCCAUGUAUGAUACACGAUCGCCUCUAUGUCAUAACAGUUCAACCAGACGGCAGUAAAAAAUCUGCAAAGAAGCUGAAUUAAAAUAGUGAACAAUAUAAUUUAUAAAUUGUAAAUAAGCACAGUGAAUCUGCUUCUUUAUUCAUUUCUUCUUUGUUAAUAUUUUUUGUCUCAGCAUGUGAAAAAGAUUGUACAGUUUAUACAAAAAGAUCCUCUGUUUGUACAGAAAAUAAAGGACAGAAGUGAUAUACAA